AUGUUAGCAGUUGUCUGUGUGGAUGAUAAUUGCAAGUGGAUGCUACGUGUUUCUACUGUCAAGCAAUCUGCAAUCUUCAUGAUCCGUAAGUUCGUUGCAAUUCACACAUGUUCCCUUGAUUUUCGUCGUAACGCACAUCGGCAUGCCACUAGUGCUGUAAUUGCGGAGCAUAUUUUGGGAAAAUUGGAUACUCCAUACCGAUCAUAUCCGCCUACUCAUAUUGCACGUGAUAUGGAACGUGAGUUUGGUGUGAAAAUCAGUUAUAACAAAGCACGUAGGGGGAAGCUCCAUGCCUUAAAUAUGCUACAUGGUACACCAAGGGACAGUUUUCAGAAAUUAUCUUCGUACUGUCACGUCGUAGGAGAAAGUAAUCCGGGGACCAUUACCCACAUCAAAGUUGAUUCUUGUAAUAGGUUUCGUUACUUCUUCGUAGCUUUUGGUGUAAGCAUUCGUGGAUACAUGCAGUACUUAAGACCCGUUAUUUGUGUUGAUGGCAGUCACUUGAAAGGUCCAUACAAAGGUACACUCCUAGUGGCAACUGCCCAAGAUGGUAACAAACAGAUUUAUCUGUUGGCAUGGGUGAUCGUGGAUGCUGAACCCAAUAAAUCGUGGAAGUGGUUUUUGUCGAACUUGAAAGACCUUAUAGGGGAUUCCGAAGAACUCGUGUUCAUUUCAGACAGGAAAAAGAGUAUUCAGAAAGCUAUUUCUCAGUUGUUUCCGUCGUCUCGGCAUGGUUGUUGUAUAUGGCAUAUGGAAAAGAACCUAAUACAGCGGUAUAACAACGCAAGCCUAUUAUUUCUAUUCAAACGAGCUGCUACAACUUUUCGGGUCGAGGACUUCGAACGUCUCAUGGGACAGAUUCGUAGAGUGAGCGAAAGAGCGCACGGGUACUUAGAGUGA